CCCGCAGCAGCAAGAUCUGAUCGCUGCCGCCCUGCUCUCCUCCUCCUCCUCUCAUUCCUGUGCCUCCUGGAUUCCUGAAGUUUAGGAGAAAUAAGGUAGCCGAGGGGACCACAUGGAAGUUGUGACAGCUCCCAGCGGCGCGCCCCUUUCGUGUGUGCCAGUACCUCGGCUUAGGAGUUGCCCGCUGACACGUUGAAUGAAGGAGGUCCCCUUGCCUGCCAGCCUGCCGGGAUGGGCCAUUGCUGCUGCAAGCCUUAUAACUGCCUUCAGUGCCUGGACAAGACGAGUGAAAGUGCCCUUGUGAAAGAAAAAGAGCUGUCAAUCGAACUUGCAAACAUCAGGGAUGAAGUUGCCUUCCAUACAGCAAAGUGCGAGAAACUACAAAAGGAGAAGGAGGAGCUGGAGAGGCGGUUCGAGGACGAGGUGAAGAGGCUGGGCUGGCAGCAGCAGGCCGAGCUCCAGGAGCUGGAGGAGCGGCUGCAGCUGCAAUUCGAGGCAGAGAUGGCGCGCCUGCAGGAGGAGCACCGUGACCAGCUGCUGAGCAUCCGGUGUCAGCACCAGGAGCAGGUGGAAGAUCUCACCGCCAGCCAUGAGGCUGCUCUCCUAGAGAUGGAAAAUAACCACACAGUUGCCAUCACAAUCCUGCAGGAUGACCACGACCACAAAGUCCAAGAAUUGAUGUCCACUCAUGAGCUUGAAAAGAAAGAAUUGGAAGAAAAUUUUGAAAAACUGCGGCUGUCAUUGCAGGACCAGGUGGACACGCUGACCUUCCAGAGCCAGUCACUGCGGGACAGAGCCCGCCGCUUCGAAGAGGCCUUGAGGAAGAACACGGAGGAGCAGCUGGAGAUUGCGUUGGCUCCUUAUCAGCACUUGGAAGAAGACAUGAAGAGUCUGAAGCAGGUAUUAGAGAUGAAGAAUCAGCAAAUACAUGAGCAGGAAAAGAAGAUUCUCGAGCUGGAAAAGCUGGCAGAAAAGAACAUUAUCCUAGAAGAAAAGAUCCAGGUUCUCCAACAGCAGAACGAAGACCUCAGAGCAAGGAUUGACCAAAACACAGUUGUCACCAGACAACUGUCCGAGGAAAACGCUAACCUCCAGGAGUAUGUUGAGAAGGAAACCCAGGAGAAGAAGAGAUUGAGCCGAACCAACGAAGAGCUGCUUUGGAAGCUCCAAACUGGGGACCCAACCAGCCCGAUUAAACUCUCGCCCACAUCUCCCGUUUACCGCGGCUCCUCCUCGGGGCCCUCCUCUCCGGCCAGAGUCAGCACGACACCCAGAUGACGCCACUGCGCGGCCUGCGGGAGCUCCGGCUUCUCGUCCUCCAGUCUCCACCCCGAGGGCGCACCGAGCCGGUGCCGCCGGAGCUGGCCCUGUGCGCAUGCUCAGUAGCUGCGAAUGCAUCCUAGGCGCGUCCUCCUCUGAUCCCCGUGUAAGACUGCCCUGGUGUCGGCACUUAGGAACGUGUAAAUGGUAAAGUCUGAUGUGCAAACGUUUUACCAUAGUUAGAGCCAAAAGAAAGACACUUGCAAUUGUUCUUGAGCAAUGAACUUUCACUGCAGAAUUUCAGGUUAGUUACAAAAAGCUCAGUUUUCAAUAUACAUUGAAUAAUCAUUGUGUACUGCACCGAUAUGUGUGUAUAUUUAGAUAUACGUAUAUACACAUGCUGCGGUUCUCAAUUUCAUUUUUUAUAAUAUGAAGUGCUGACAUAUUUUAGUGAAGGUCAGCAGUUUUCUAACUUGUGCCUAAGAAUUAUUGGGAAAUGAAAAUGCAUUUCUAUCUAGCUUCCCAGGAAUAUUUCUACCCAAAAUAGAAAAAGGAAAAAAAAAUAAAAAAGAUACAGAGAAGAAGCGCCUUUCAACUCACCACCAAGUGGUACUCUCUUUAACACGAACACCAGCUAUUUGUGAACGGUAACUGCCUUUGGAACAAUCAGCUUCUUAGUCAACAUGACGUGAGAUCACUAUUACUCCAUUCGCAAGUUUUCAUUAUCGAGACUCCUGUCAUGAGCGGCUGAGGGACAGCAGUGGGAAACCCGAAGGGGGUUUAACAGUUCUUCAGAUGUUUCUCAUGACAGUGACUCAUCUCUAACAGUCUUGUAAACACAGUUUUGCUUUUUUCCUAAAUGGCAUCUCAGACUCGGUCAUUAAGCUAUUGUUGCACCCUCCGGAAAACAGGUUGCACCCUCCGGAAAACCUUUGAGUGAGAGUGAGGAUGACCCUGGAGAUGACCGCGCCCAUUCGCGCUCCAUCCUCAUGAAGGAACUUGCUGCUAGGGUCUGUAUUUUGACCAGGCACAGAGGGGGACAGCACUCCAGCUUUCCAUGUGGUUCACUCUGACGCGAUGCCGUAAAUGAUCAACUCGUUGAAAUAGGACCCUCAGGCCCCCAUUUCAUAGCAGCCCCCACUUCAGUUUGGUUCUACAACUCAGCCCCUUCACUGCACACUGAGAUGGCUCAGGGGUUCUGGCAGGGGCUUCCAGAAAAAAACACCGUUUCUGUCCCCGGGGGACCAGUUCUGAGCUGUGCUAGAUCCUCACACGACCACCCAGAAACCCACUUCCACCUCCUGCUGGAUGAUCAGGCAACGCUGCUGCUGACCGUGCGCCCAUCUUAGACCCAGAAGGUUCUCCCAAACAGAGGAGCCCAGUGAAACAGCCAGCCAGGGGCCACCAGCUCCUGGACUGGCAUCUGUCUCUAAAAUGGUAGAAUUAGGAUAUGAACAGUACUCAUGUAGUGGUGUGGAAGAUUAGGAGCAUGAUACACAAAAGGAAGAAGUAGUUUUAACAUAUAUGGUGAUGAUGAUGAUGCGCUUGUUUCCUGUAUGCGACAAAGACCCUGCACUUUCUCCCUGAGGCCCCCCAAAAUUGUCCUGAGCACAGGCCUAUCUUUGAGUGUGCCCAAGACGAGAAGAACCAUGAGGGGAUCCUGCAGGGGCCGGAGCCAUGGAGCAGGGAAGAAACAGCCAGCGGACGGAGUCGGCUUGCCCAGGGCGCGCCUACUCGGCACACGUGUGGCCAACAUGAAGGCAGACAUGGUCCCUGGCCCUAGCCUGAGUCCAAGCUGGGCUUCCGGGCCUCGGGUACAUCUCCAGCAAACCUCCAAGGGUCUUGCUCCUUCUGGGGACAUACACAGUAAAUCCACAUGGAAGUGCCACCAUUUCUCUUUGCUUUAGUGGCUCUGCAUGAUACUGUGAUACUGAGUUGGGCAUUCCAUUAGAGUAGAUCAUGCCACAUUGACUAAGUACACAAUCAUUUAUUCUUGUAGCAGGCACAACCUGCAAACACACAUUCGGUUCAGCUUAGCUGCCCGAAUUAGGAACCGCUUACAUAGCCGCACCUGCUAAACGCAGUUACACAGCAAUACCGACUUCCGUGUGAUGCUAGAACGUGGUACAGUGUGUUAGGCUGCUGUGGUCAGAGUUGUAGCAUUGUUAGCACUAAGUAAUUCCUCAUUAGGUGGACUUUGGUGAGAGCUUUACCCUAACCCACCCUGACCUUGGGUACUUGAGCUAAUUUCCACAUGGCCCUGGCUUCGUGUUUUUUUUUUUUUUGGCUUUUUCUUUUGUUACGGACACCCAUGGUGUAUGGCUCCUCAUCUGAGCCAUCACUGCCCCAGAAACACAUGGGGCAGCAGCUGCUGUGCCUCCUCCUCGAUUCUUCCACCCCCCACACCAUCAGAAUUCAGAUUUCUCUCCACGUGGUGUCUGCCUCUGUCCCCUUCCAGGCUGGAGCGACAUUUCCAUGUUCAGAUGCUGCAGCCUCUGCACCUGCCUCAGACCGACCCACCAGAUACCACCUGUCUUUUUGUGGCAUUUGGGGGAUGCAUGGGCGGCCUGCCCCCCACCCCCGCCCCUGCCCGUCACAUGCUGGGACAAGGUUCUAGCUGGAUGUUAGAACGGAUGGGGGUGGGGACAGACCUGGCAGUGAUUGGUUGAAUGAAUGGGGUCACAACAUCCCUUUUCCUGCCCCUACAGUUUCUGUUGCAUAUUUGUGUUUAACUCUAAAGCCUAUUAAAAUAAACUUGAGGGACUUUCUGCGA